ACUUGACUCGAACUUGGGCGCCACCGGCUGAGGCAACCGAACCAUCAGAGUAUCAUAUAAAAAGCCGGCAAAAGUUCCAGUUCGAUAUCAGUUAGCCUUCUCAAGUCUUUCAACAAACAACAUGAAGUUCUUCAUUGCUUUCGCCUGCCUUUUGGCCGUUGCUGUUGCCAACGAAGAUGCCAAUGUCCUCCGUAGCGAGCAGGAGGUGAACGUGGAUAACUUCAAGUAUGCCUUGAAACUCGACAACUCUGUGGACGUCGAACAAACUGGUGAACUGCAUGGCGAAGAGUGGAUUGUUAAGGGACAGCAAGCCUGGAAAUCUCCCGAAGGAGAGCCCGUUGCCAUCACGUAUGUCGCCGAUGCCAACGGAUACCAAGUGCUGAGUGCCAACCCUCCUCUGCCCACCCCUCCCCCAAUCCCAGAGGCCAUCCAGCGCGCUCUGGACUGGAUCGCCAGCCACCCAUCCAAGGAAUAAGUUGUUUGUUAUGAAAUAAAAGCAUUAAAAAGUA